GCGCGUGUGCGCGCGCGAAGAGAAAUACUAACCGGGGCGCGAGACAAGCGAGACAAGGCGGUGGAUGAAAAGCAAGCAUUACUGGAUAUCCAUUAAUUCCGAUAUUGUACUGGUUGCAGUUAUUUCCACCCGUUUAUAAGCGUAAAGAUGAAAUGAACAGGGUCGUUUUUAAAGGAUUUGUCUUUUUUUUUUUUUUUGGUGGAUUUUGUGUUGGGAUCCUGAGACGUCCAGUCAUCUCUUCCACGCCAUAUUUCACACCUCUGUAUGAAUAGUUUUGUCCUUCUUCUUUCUUUGUCGCCACGGACUUCUUUUUUUGCUACAAGAGGAACAUUUCUACUUUUCUGAGAUGACGGAAAUCAGCGAAAAGGAGAGCGAACCUCAGAGCCGGGACCUCAGCCGGCAGGGCUCCACCGUGCCCGGUCAGCCGGAAUCAAAGCUGCAGCGACUGAAGCGCUCUCUGUCCCUUAAGUCAGUCAUUCGCAGCAAGAGUGUGGAUAACUUUUUCCAGCGCAGCAACUGCGAAUCUCGACUGGCCUCAGCCAUCAUCACCGUGCCACCACCUCAAACAGCUUCUCCCUUUUCUGAUUCUCCUCUGACGUAUGAGCUCUCACCCUCUCUUUCACCAUCAAUCAGUCCAAACCCUUCCUUGUCAUCACCUUCCCCUUCAAUUAGUCCUUCACUGUCCAGAAACUCAAAGAGCCAGCCAAAGUCUCAGGCUCAACCAGUCAAAACCCACUGUUUCCAGGAGCAUGUCUUCCGUAGGCCUACCACCUGCCAGAGAUGCAGCCAUAUGAUCCAAGGAAAUUCCAAACAGGGUCUGCGUUGUAAAGCCUGUAAGCUGGCGGCCCACCUUUGGUGUUCAUCUGAGCUCUCUCAACUGGCCUGUAAUGGCAAGUCUGGAGCCUUUAAGAGAAACUUUAGCUCUCCUCUGCUAACAAUUGAUCCACUGAGUAUAGUGAAGGAGGCUCCGGCUGCUCAGGAGACAGACAAUGUCAUCGUUGACCCCGUGUAUGAGGCACUCCGCUACGGGACGUCAUUGGCUCAGAUGAGUCGUUCCAGCUUUGGAAGUAUCUCUGAAUCUCCUUGUGAUGAGGCAGAGACACUGCAAGGUAAACUAGAAAAUCAACCCAUUGCUGAAGAGGAAAAUAUUCCGGGAAUGCUUACCCCUCCUGAAAGUGAGAAGGCUGAUUCAGAGGACAGGGUCAGCCUGAAGACUCCAAAGCGAGUAGAAGUUCACUCCAUUCACACAUAUAUCGCCCUCUACAAGUUUCUGCCUCAGGAGAAGAAUGACCUGGAACUACAGCCUGGCGACAGAAUUCAAGUCAUGGACGACUCCAACGAAGACUGGUGGAAGGGGAAAAGCAGAGACAAGGUGGGAUUUUUCCCAGCCAACUUUGUCCAACGAGUCCGACCGGGUGAGCGGGUGUGGAAGGUCACCGCUGCUUUCCAUGGCAACAGAGACAAAGGCCAGAUGACUGUGAGAGAGAAUCAGAUCUGCAUUGGGAAAAAUGAGGAGACUGAUGGCUUCCUUCGGCUAACCAGUGGGAAGAAGAGAGGCCUUGUCCCUGUGACGUUUUUGCUAGAAAUAUGAUUGCAAUUCUGCAUAUCUUUCCUUGACCCUCAGAUUUAACAAAGGAGCUCACAUUGAUGGAGGAAUACUCAGGAGUGUUUAGCAAGGACCUUGCUGACAACCACCCAGCCUCCUCCACCCAACCAAAUAUCGCUGCUACAGCUUAAGUGGAAAACAACCUGCAAUUCUGGCUUUUGGCUGAAGAUUAGGACAACCAGGAGCUUCUUCAGAGCGACUUUGCUUGUAGCACAGCUUCACUUUGUGGGGUUUCCUUUAUCCUCGCAAGAGAUAUGUAGCAGUUAUUUUCAAGAGACUGAGUGUGAAGGUGCUCUGGCUACCUCAUUAGCCGUCAACACUGGCCACUCAUUCAAAAAAGGAGAAAAUACCUUUUUGUCAUGGCAUCAUGGAAUCAUGGCAUGGUUAAGCUGUUAGUGAAAAGAAACCACGAUAAGACACUGGGUGUAUAUUGUUGCUUGUGCAAACCCUUUUAAGAAGAGUGGAAUUUUGAAAACCACAAAGUUUUGUCUUUUACUGAUUUCACUCAAAAUGUCCAGGUUUCAUAGUACAUAUAUCACAUUUGUAAUGUGCGUACACAUUUUCCAUAUAUAAUGAUUCAGGUACUACCAAGUAAUAACAGCUUUAACUUCCUCCGAUUAAAGUCACAACAAACACUUUCUCUCCUAUAAACAGUGCACACUUGAGGGUUUUAUCUGCAUCCCAAAAUGCCCUUUGGUGAUUACAGUGUGGCGCAUUUGCACUCUUCACAGUUUCAAUGUGACAAAUACUUGCAUGCACCUUGGGGAGCUCUUGGUUUGUCCUUCAAAUGUUGUCUCUUCACACACAAUAAAAGAGUUUGUAUUUUCACUUUAUUCUAUGUAGCUCAAUUAACCAUUAGGAUCUGCAUCCUGUUGUUGCAUCAUAGACAUGAUUUAUCUCUAUCUAAUGUUCCGUAUUAUUAACAUGUGUCAUGCAAUAGGGAAGAGCAUAAAGAGUCAAUCAACCACGGUGAUCAAUUAAAAGCCAUAUUCAGUUGUCUGUGAUAGAAGUGCUAAAUGCUGUAACUCUUUUCCACAGACAACUAAUUUUAUAGCUGUGACACAUUGAUGGAAAUAUAAUUGAUAACAAAACCACCUCUUUUAAUCAAUUUCGCUGUCAUAAAUAAUAAGGCUUAGUUUAAUUAAUAAUUAUUAAAAUAUACUUAUGUGUAUAGCCUUAAAACACUGUGUGUGUCUAUAUAU